GUACGAUACAUACGUUGUAGAUCGAACAAGAACCCAACGUGUUUUUCUGGUUACCUAGAUCAGUAAUGCAGCAACGCUGGGGUUUGAAACACAAACAAUAGUCGACAGAGGUGCCGUGCUUUGUACCUCUGCCGAUGCAGAGCUCCCAGUACUUUCGUCCAUCGCAAUUGAGCUCCACUUUUGGCCGAGGCCCCCGUCGCGACCCCUCCGGGUUUGUCUCCUUGGAGCUCUAGCUCUCCAGAGUGUGCCCAGUGUGGACAGAGGCACUAGGAUUACCUGUAAGGGAGUGUAGCUUCGAUGCUUGUGCGCAUCCGUGCCGCGGGGGGCCAUUUCAAACCGGAUUGAAACUUCUCCCCGGCAGUCCACAGCCUGCACCCACCUACCUACCCUUACAUACCUAUUAGGACUUGCAUCCCUCGUGGCGUCAACCAGUAGCAUGUUCCGUCGGUUACAUACCAGAGCCCCUCCUUCUCCCAUAACAACCGCCUCUUCCGGAUUUGUGCAUCCGCGACAUCGUCUUCCCUCCUACAACUUCCUCAAGACUCGAGCAUCACCAACGCGAUCGCUUCUUAUCAACAGCAAGCUCCAAGUGCGGGGUACCAUCGCCGCAAACACGAAUAAGCAGCUCCACACAACCGUAGCAAUGGCAUCGGCAACUAGCUUCUACGACUUCAAGCCCCUGGACAAGCGCGGCCAGGAGGUCCCCCUCGCCGACUACAAGGGCAAGGUCGUCCUCAUCGUCAACACAGCCUCUAAGUGCGGCUUCACGCCCCAGUAUGCCGGCCUCGAGAAGCUCUACAAGGACAUCAAGGAGAAGCACGGCGACGACUUUGUCAUCCUCGGCUUCCCCUGCAACCAGUUCGGCGGCCAGGAGCCCGGCUCCGACGACGACAUCCAGAACUUCUGCCAGGUUAACUACGGCGUCUCCUUCCCCAUCAUGCAGAAGACGGAUGUCAACGGCGACGACGCGAACCCUGUUUUCCAGUGGCUCAAGGAGGAGAAGCCCGGCAUCAUGGGCCUCAAGCGCAUCAAGUGGAACUUUGAAAAGUUCCUUAUCGGCCGCGACGGCCAGGUCAAGGGCCGCUGGGCCAGCACCACCAAGCCCGAGUCCCUCGAGAAGCCCAUCCUCGAGGAGCUGGAGAAGAAAUGAGGCGGGAGCAGUACAUUGAUACCCAGAGCGCGUCGCUCUGUCACACCGAUAUCUGAGGGAGGGAAUUGAGGGACGUAGCUUCCAUCGCGUCGAGGUGACGGUGAGGAAGCGCUACUGUCUUUGAUCGAGUUGCGAAAUGUAGUCAACCGAUAUAAAACAAUCAGAGUGGUUUAAUCUACCUCAGGGCCUUUGAACACGU